UAGGGCAGUUGAUUGGGAAACCCGAAGGACACUACUCACUCAGUGGUGCACACUGGUGGGUUCAAAUCCAAGAGCCAGAAGCUCUCUGUCGUCGGGAGUUCACUCUCGCUCUCGCUCUUUCUCGAUAUCCAUCCAUAUCCAUCUAUCCAUUAUCCAUCCCUCACUUGUCAGUCUAUGCCUUGACUCCGCGAUUGAUGCGCCCCUCUUUUUCACGGCAGAGCCAUCGGCAAUGAAUCACUCGCCGCCUGGAGGAUCCAUUCUGGCCGUCUGCUGGUUGGUCCCGUGCUUAAUGAAGUUAAUGAACAACUGGCUCCAUCAUGUCUCCAUCAUGACUCCAUCAUCAUUCCAUCCGGCAUAAGCCCCAUCAAUUAGUCCCUGUGGCCCGUCUGACCUUUUGUACCUUGUGUACCGUGCCGGCCGGGCAGCCCCCGGAUGCGGGUCCCGCCCUGGAUGGGCAGCUGGCUGAAAGCUUAGACCUAAGAUGAGUGGCGCGAGUAGUGGCGCUGUGGCCGACGCCCGGGUGUCCUCGUCCUCCUCGUCGUCGUCGUCGUUGCCUGCGGGCUUGAGAGGCGUAGGCGGGGUUCGCUCGAGCGGCGGGCCGGUGGGUGGGCCGUUGGCCAGCGCCUCGGUCAUCUCGUCGAGUACGGACGUCCUCAGGACGGACCGGCCAUCGGUCCUGCCCCCGAGUGGGAGUGGCAGUGUUGGGUCGGUGACCGGUGGUGGGAGUGGCAGUGUGGGUGGCAGUGUGGGUGGGGUUCGUCGUCAGAGUGUGCAGGACUUUUACUUCGGUCGUUUGAUCGGCGAAGGCUCUUUUUCCAGCGUGUUCCUGGCCCGCGAAGUCAGUUCCAAUCGGGAAUUGGCCAUUAAAGUGUGCGACAAGCGGCACAUUUUGCGCGAAAAGAAGCAGGACUACAUUCAGUCCGAGAAACGCAUCCUCGUUUUCAUCCACGCCCAUUGGGACGAGAAGCGACCCUUCUUUGUGCGCAUUCAAUCCACGUUUCAGGAUGCUCAACGUCUCUAUUUUGUCAUGACCUACGCCAAGAAUGGCGACCUCCUCAAGUUCAUUGAGCGCAUGGCCCAGAAGGACAUUGACUGCACGCAGUUCUACGCCGGUCAGCUCCUCGCCGCUGUCGAGUUCUUGCACGAGCACGGCAUUCUCCACCGCGACCUCAAGCCCGAGAAUAUUCUGCUCACUGAGCGUAUGCACAUCCUCAUCACGGACUUUGGCAGCGCCAAGUUCCUCCCGCCUAUGCGACGGGCCCACGCCCACCCGGGCGAAGUGAACGAAAGUCGGCGGCCGACGGACGAUGAUGUCGACGACACCUCAGACUACUCCGGCGAGCCCCCGCCCAAGCGCGCCUCCUUCGUCGGCACGGCCCAAUAUGUCAGUCCGGAGAUUCUCACCGGACAGCCGUCGACCCGCGCCUCUGACCUGUGGGCCAUUGGCUGCAUCCUCUACCAGAUGUGCACGGGCUUGCCCCCAUUUCAGUCCCAGUCGGAGUACCUCAUCUUUCAGAAAAUCCAGCGUCUGGAGUACUGUUUCCACGAGGGAUUCGAUGAGAAUGCCAAGGAUCUGGUGCGCCAGCUUUUGGUCAUCGCACCCACGGAGCGCUUGGGUGCCUUGGACGCAGUCUAUUACCAAUCCAUUCGAGCGCACCCUUUCUUCAUGGGUCUAGACUUUGAGAGUCUGCACGAAGCCACUCCGCCCGCCUUGGCGCCCUUUCUGCCUCGGGCGGACGAGCCGGACUCGUGUUGGCGGCGAAACCCGGCCAUGAAGCCGGGCGUGGGCGACUUGGCCCGCCUGCAGAUCGACACGCCGGGCUCGAGCGACGAUGAGUUGGAGCGCGCCGUCCUUCGACCCAUCAGCAGCAGCGACUCCACGUCCAUCAGCUCGAUGACCAUGUUAGAGAGCGGUGGGGGCGGGAAAGGGCGUGGCAAGAAUAUAGUAAACAUCACGGAUGAGGAACGUAGACGCUUGCUUGACGAUCAGAGUCGGACCAACAAGUUCCACCGAUUUGUCGAGGGCAAUCUGAUCAUCAAACAAGGCAUUCUCGACAAGAAGAAAGGUCUGUGGUCGCGUCGACGCAUGUUCCUCCUUACGGAAGGUCCCCACUUGUAUUAUGUGGAUCCCGACGCCAUGGUGCUCAAGGGUGAGAUCCCUUGGGACCCGAGCAUUCGCCCCGAAAUCAGAGACUUCAAGAUCUUCUUCGUGCACACGCCCAACCGCGUGUAUUACCUCAUUGAUCCGGAAAAUACCUCCAAAGAGUGGUGUCACGCUGUGGAAGAGGUCAAGGCCUACUAUUUCGGAGCCUCCAAUUCGCCCUCCAAGGUCAAAUCCAAGGCCGUGUCUGCCGUUUCCUCUUCUUCCUCGCCGUCUUGAGGCCCCGCAAUCCUUCUUUCUAUAUAUAGAUUCAAGACCUUACAUCCAAAUUCAGUGAUAGCUCCCCUCCUCUCUUUGUUCCCUUGCCCUGGCCCGCUGCUCCCUUUGAUGCUCCCUUUGAUGCUCCCUUUGAUGCUCCCUUUGAUGCUCGUGUGAGCGCCAUCGCCUGUCUGGCCGGGAUCUGGAACGUCGGGCUGGUGUUGAUGAUGAGGAACGACGAGGAGCCCGCCUACUUUUGUCAUAGCCCUGGAAAAGCCCGAGAGAGAAGAAAAAGGCAGUGGAACCAACUUGUCCAAGAAGUUUCCAGGUCAUCCUCAAAAGUGGUACCUACGCAUUAUUGUGCCAGCCCAGCUGUCUGGUAAAUGCAAUGCCCUCCUCCUUAUCCUUAUUCUCUUCUUUACUCUCCAUUUAAGUCUCCAUUUAAGAUCAACAACGUUGAUCCUCGACAAUGAUCCAGCCCCAUUUCCUUCAGAAAAUUCAACCCGAGAUUGUCAGUCCGUUUUGAAGAUAAAAGUGAAGAAAAAAAUAGAACGCAAACUGUUUCCCCGUGUCCAAAACAAUAACAUAAUAAACUCAUUUUACUCGUAGUUGAGCGGGAGACAGGAACACAAGUAUCUAUUGUUGACAGUGGACGCAGAACCAUUUUGAUAAAUUAUCAGAAUAACAGUAAUAUCGAUGAUGACCGACGACAUGGAGUGCAUCCCCCGCCGAUCCAUGUGGAUGUUACCAAUAAAAUCUGAAGUUUUUUUCGACUCGA